GACACUCGAUUAUUUUAGCCUUUGCCGGGUAGCUAGCAAAAUGCUAAAUUGGCGAGCUGGCUAGCUAAAUUCGCUAGUAGUAGUGAUGCACAUUAGCGAUUCAAUCUGUGUAAGGUUAAAUACAUUUAUUCGGAGAUAGCUAGCCAGCCAGUAAAUUACAUAUUAAUAUAUUUUUGAAACAACUUGAACGAAGAGGGACGUUAGCUAGGCGCUAAUAAGAAUUAUUAUUUUUUUAAUCCAAAACUAGACUGUUGUUAGCCAGCUGGCUAACGUUAGCUAGAAUCAUGACGAUCUAAAUGUGUGGAUCAUUAGCAAAGGCCAUUCAUUCAUUGUCUAGCUAGUAGCUCAGUAUAUUCAAACAUAUUUGCUAGCAAGUAGUCUUAGCAAAUACAUUAUAGGUCGCUGACACUGAUUUAUUGUCUCUAUGACAAUAUCAGAUGGGCUAGCUAGCCAACAUGUUUGUGUUUGCUUGUUUAGGUCAGCCAAGAUCGCUCAGUUCAGCUGUAAAAAAAAUGAGUCUUCUUCCAGACCUGAAUGCCAAUGAGGAUGAAACAUCCUACUAUGCAGACAAGACCUGGGUCCAGUGCGAGUCUCCCAGAUGUCUAAAGUGGAGACUGGUACCAAAGGGUGAUGAAACGGUGGCUGAGCCGGACCAUGGCAAGUCCUGGCACUGUCAAAAUAACCCAGACCCUCUGUUCAGCCACUGCAGCAUCCCUCAGGGCCCUUUCCCCAACAACUCCCAGUUCAAGGAACAUGGCCUGAAGGUUGUGUACUCCGGGCUGCCUGUCGGGAGCCUGGUGCUGGUGAAAGCAUGUAACUGGCCAUGGUGGCCAGCCAUUCUAAGUCCAGACCCCAACGUGGAGGAGUAUGUGAGGCUGGACAGCGAGGGUUAUGUGGAGCACUACCAUGUUGAGUUCCUGGGGAAACCUCAUACCAGAUUCUGGGCUGCUGCCAAGCAUGUAGAACUCUACCACAACUCCUCCACUAAACCCAGAUACAGGAACCUGCGAGGCGCUAUGAGGAAGUCGUAUGAGGUGGCGAUGGAGGAGGUGGCUAAGGUCAGGGAGAUGGGCUGUGAGGAGAGACUGCAGAUCAGCCACUUCCAGCCACAGGAUUUGUUGAGUCAGGCUCAGAGGUUAAUGCAUGCUAUUGAGAGGAUGCUCAGACAAUACUCCAACCAGCAGGACAACCAGGGCAAGCGGGACCAGAGGAUUCGGAUGUGGGAUGCCGGCAUCGAGGAGGACGGAGACACUCUGAUCAUAGAAGGGUUCAGGUUUGACAGCGCCACCUGUCUGGAGGACCUGAUGACUGCAGGAAACAAGAAAUAAAGAUUUUUUAUUUUUUAACAAGAUAUUUCCAGAUAGUUUUUUUUCUUCAAGAGAUGUUAAUCCUUUCCCCUUAAAAGUGCUUUAUAUUGUAUGAUAUUUAAUUGAAAUGUUAUAUUUUUCAAAAAUAUUUGUUUACUGUGGUCAUUGUUGAAGACAAUAUACAUUGUGGUGACUGGUAGUAUGAAGAAGUUGUUGUUGUUAU